CCGAGCCAAUUAGAGCACACGAACGCCCGAAUCCAGAUCAGAAAGGAGGUGGCCGCGGGACGUGGUAGUCUGACGGUUUCUGGGCGGUCGUGUCCCUCACCCGCCACCGUCACUCCUGUGGUUCCCACGAUGCCGAUGUACCAGGUAAAGCCCUAUCACGAGGGUGGCUCAUCUCUCCGCGUUGAGCUCCCCACCUGCAUGUACCGGCUCCCGAACGUGCACCGCCCGACCAGCAGCCCGGCGCAGAAUGCGGGCCACGUGCAGGGAGGGUCUGACCCAUCUCUCCAAGCUCUGGAGUCCCGUCAAGAUAACAUUUUAAAACGUCUGUACGAAUUGAAAGCCGCAGUCGAUGGUCUCUCCAAGAUGAUUCAGACGCCAGAUGCGGACUUGGAUGUAACCAACAUAAUCCAAGCCGAACAGCGCACCGCUUUAUCGGCCAAUGCGUUGGACUUAAAUUCCGUCCUUGGGAAGGAUUACGGGGCCCUGAAAGACAUCGUGAUCAACGCGAACCCCGCCUCGCCUCCGCUCUCCCUGCUCGUGCUGCACCAGCUGCUCUGCGACCAGUACAAGGUCCUGUCCGCCGUUCACACGCAUUCGGCGGUCAGGAACGUGCCAGUGAACCUCCUCCGGUGCUUUGGCGAGCAGACCAAGAACCCGCCCCGGCAUGAGCACCAGCUGGGCUUUACCCUCAUCUGGAAGAACGUGCCCAAGACCCAGAUGAAGUUCAGUGUCCAGAGGAUGUGCCCCAUCGAAGGAGAAGGGAACAUCGCACGUUUUUUGUUCUCUCUGUUCGGCCAGAAGCAUAAUGCGGUAAACUUAACCCUCAUCGAUAGCUGGGUAGAUAUAGCCAUUUUUCAGUUAAAAGAAGGAAGCAGCAAAGAAAAAGCCGCUGUGCUCGCCUCCAUGAACUCUGCUCUCGGGAAGAGCCCCUGGCUCGUGGGGAACGCACUGACCGUGGCGGACGUGAUGCUCUGGUCCGUGCUCCAGCAGGCGGGGGGCUGCAGCGUGCCCGUGCCAGCCAAUGUGCAGAAGUGGAUGCGGGCCUGUGAGAACCUGGCCCCUUUCAGCUCUGCCCUCAAGCUCCUUAAGUGAACUCGGGAAGUGAUUGUAAAGGGUUUAGGUUGUAAGAAUGGUGGUGUUUCACGCCUGUUGUUGGUACAGGGACUUGUAGUAAAACCGGUCUUUAGGCCAGUUGUGGAGUACCAAUAAAAGCACCAUGUAACUUGUG